AGCUCAAAGCCUCCAUGCAGUCAGUUCUACAGGAGGGGAAGAUGUAUGAGGAACUCUACGAUGAAGUGACUCUGUUGACAAUCCGAUUCUGGUACUGCAUGGAGCACAGCAAGCCUGUGGUGGUGUCCUUGGAGGCCUUGAGGUGCCAGGUGCAAAACCUCCAGGCUCUUCAAGAUGAAGCUGAAAACAGUGAAGGGAGUUGGGAGAAACUCCAGGGGGUUAUUGGUAAACUCAAAAAUCACUGCCCCUCAACUGCUGAAAUAAUUGAAGAGAAAUACCAAAAUACUCACACAAGGUGGACCCAGGUAAACCAAGCCAUCGCAGACGAGUUGCAAGGGGCCCAGAGUCUGCUGCAGCUCUGGAAGGCAUAUAAUAGUGCUCAUGCUGAAGCCACUGCGAGGCUGGAGCAAGAGGAAGCAAAGUUUCACCAGCUCCCACGCAUCAACUUGCCUGGAAACAACCUGCCCGAAGUCCUGCUCUCAGCCCUGCAAGACAUAAAGGAGCUGCAGCGGGAUGUGCAGAACAUGGCAGAAGCCCUUCUCCAGCACGCGCCUCUCCUGGAGCGCCUCCGGCAACUCUCCGCUGAGCCCUGCCCUCCCGCGCUCCUGUCUGGCCGGACGCACGCCCUCCAGAGGGCUGCUUAUUUGGAAAAGAUGCUGCUUGUGAAAGCAAAUGAGUUUGAGUUUCUUCUCUCGCAGUUUAAGGAUUUCGAGAACCGCUUAGAAUCUCUACAGGGCCUUAUUAUGCAAGAAGAAGAAAACUUGGAUAAACUCUACCAGAAAGCAAAGGAAGGAAACCCUGACGCAAUCCUGGUUCAUGUGCUGUCCCUGACUGCGCAGUCUCCUGAUAUUGAACGUUUGAAUGAAGUCAGCCUCAAGCUGCCUCUUAGUGACAUGGCUGUAAAGACAUUGCAGAAUGUGAACCGGCAGUGGAUCCGGGCCACAGCCACGGCACUGGAGCGCUGCAGUGACCUUCAGGGAGUUGAAUUGAACGAAAAGUUUCUUCACUGCUGUGGAAAGUGGGCCCUGCUUCUGCAGAAGAUAGAAGAGAUGCUGAAGGUGAAUCUUGCCAGCGAUCUUCCAGGUCUCCUAGAACAACAGAAAUCCUAUGAGAUGUUAGAAGCUGAAGUUUCUGUAAACCAGACAAUUGCUGAUUCUCUUGUCACCCAGACCUUACAACUCCUGGACACAGCAGAAGUGGAGGAGAGAUCGGACUUUGUGUUGAAAUUCGCGACGCUGAAGGACCAGUGGCACAGCGCUGCCCAGAGGGUUCAGCAGAGGAAGGGUGACAUCAAUGGGCAGGUGCGGCAGUGGCAUAACUUCAACGCAUCCGUGGAGGACUUGCUUCGCUUCCUCACGGACACCAGCCACCUGCUGUCUGCAGCGACGAGCCUAGACUGCUGCAGUCUCUCCCAGACUAGAAGGCUGAUCCAGGAGCUCAAGAGUAAAGAAAUUGGUUUUCAGAGAAGGCAAACCACGUAUGAACUAACCUUGGAAGCUGGGGAGAAAUUACUGAGCAUGACCAACCUGGAUGCUAAAGAGUCAGUUAAGGAGAAAAUCCAACAACUCCAGGGCAACUGGAAGGACACAGAGCUUCAAGUGGGAGAAAUGAUUAAGCACUUCCAGGCCUUUGUAGAGACUUGGGACCGGUGUGAAAAGAAAAUCAAGGAGUUGAAAAGCAGGCUGCAAGUUUUAAAGGCGAAAAGCAAAGAGCCCCUUCCAGAACUCCAUGAGGCCCUCCACAAGGAGAAGGAGCUGCUUAAGGAGCUGGAGAAGUCCUUGGCCGCCUGGGCUCUGAACUUGGAAGAAGUUAGCACGAUGAAGACCGAGUUGGCCGGGCGCAUUCUUUGGGAGGACGUGGUGCUUCUGAAGGAACACAUCGCGCAUCUGCACAGACAAUGGGAGGACCUCUGCUGCCGAGUGGCUGUACGCAAACAAGAGAUUGAAGAUAGACUCAACUCCUGGGCCGUGUUCACUGACAAGAAUAAAGAUUUGUGUGCAUGGCUGGUGCAGAUGGAAAACAAAGUUUUGCAGACAGCUGAUAUUAGUAUUGAAGAAAUGAUCGAAAAGUUACAGAAGGAUUGUAUGGAAGAAAUCAACAUGUUCACCGAGAACAAACUCCAGUUAAAGCAAAUGGGAGACCAGCUGAUCAAGGCGAGCAGCAAGACGCGAGCGGCUGAGAUCGACGACAAGCUCAGCAAGGUCAACGACCGCUGGCAGCACCUUUUCGACGUCAUCGGAUCAAGGGUGAAGAAGCUGAAGGAGACCUUUGCAUUUAUUCAGCAGCUAGACAAAAGCAUGAGCAACCUUCGCACCUGGCUGGCCCGCAUUGAGUCCGAGCUCUCUAAGCCUGUUGUCUACGACGUCUGCGAUGAUCAAGAAAUCCAGAAGAGGCUUGCUGAACAGCAGGACCUGCAGCGAGACAUUGAACAGCACAGCGCAGGGGUGGAGUCGGUGUUCAACAUCUGUGAUGUCCUCCUGCACGACUCUGACGCCUGUGCAAACGAGACCGAGUGUGACUCCAUCCAGCAGACCACCAGGAGCCUCGACAGGCGCUGGAGGAACAUCUGCGCCAUGUCCAUGGAGCGCCGAAUGAAGAUUGAAGAGACGUGGCGCCUGUGGCAGAAGUUUCUCGAUGAUUACUCCCGCUUCGAAGACUGGCUGGACUCUGCCGAGAGGCUGGCAGCCUACCCGAAUUCCUCAGAGGUGUUGUACACAAUUGCCAAAGAAGAACUGAAGAGGUGUGAGGCCUUCCAGCGGCAGAUCCACGAGAGGCUCACGCAGCUGGAGCUCAUCAAUAAGCAGUACCGGCGGCUGGCCCGGGAGAACCGCACCGACACGGCCAGCAGACUGAAGCAGAUGGUGCACGAGGGCAACCAGCGCUGGGACAACUUGCAGAAGCGGGUCGCAGCCGUGCUGCGGAGACUCCGGCAUUUCACCAACCAGAGGGAGGAGUUUGAGGGGACCAGGGAGAGCAUUCUCGUGUGGCUCACCGAGAUGGACCUGCAGCUGACCAACGUGGAGCACUUCUCUGAGAGUGACGCUGACGACAAGAUGCGCCAGCUGAACGGCUUCCAGCAGGAGAUUACAUUAAAUACCAACAAGAUCGACCAGCUGAUCGUGUUCGGAGAGCAGCUCAUCCAAAAGAGCGAGCCCCUGGACGCGGUGCUGAUUGAGGAUGAGCUGGAGGAGGUGCACCGGUACUGCCAGGAGGUGUUCGGCAGGGUCUCCCGGUUCCACCGGCGGCUGACCGCCCGUGCUCCGGGCUUGGAAGACGAGAAGGAGGCCUCAGAGAACGAGACAGACCUGGAAGACCCCAGAGAGAUCCCCGGUGACGCUUGGUGCAAGAGAGGGGAGAGCGAGGGGCCCUCGUCCCCGCAGUCCCUUUGCCAGCUGAUGCCCCCGGCACCGGGGCACGAGCGGUCUGGCUGUGAGACCCCCGUCAGCGUGGACUCCAUCCCUCUGGAGUGGGACCACACAGGGGACGUGGGGGGCUCCUCCUCUCACGAAGACGACGAGGAGGGCCCGUACUACAGCGCCCUGUCAGAUGUAGAAAUCCCCGAAAACCCUGAGGCCUAUCUUAAAAUGACCACAAAAACUUUGAAAGCAUCUUCUGGCCAGUCCCUUUCUGAGAGCCACUCGUGGCAUGUUCCUGACAGCCCUUCCUGCCACACGCGUCCCUACAAACCGAGGGAAGGUGACAGGAAUGUGCCGCCCAUCCCCUCGGAUGCCAGCACCCCUUACAAGCCAGACUACGCAAAGCUGCUGUUAUCUUCGGGCACCACCGGUGGCAAAGAAGACCCCAGAGGCGUGAGCUGCAGCCCCCAGCAGGAAGACGCAGGGCAGGCGGGGCAGCAGUCAGGUGCCUUUGAGAGAUGGGAGCUGAUUCAACCCCAAGAGCUCCACCACAAGCGUAGAAUGAAACAAAACUUGCAGCAGCUGAACUCUGACAUCAACACGAUCACCGCUUGGCUGAGAAACACCGAGGCCGAGCUAGAGACACUGAAGACGGCACCGCCUGCGCCCAGACUCGAGGAGCUGGAGCUCAGGGUGAAGAGACUGAAGGAGAUCGUAAAAGCCUUUGGCACCUCCAAGGCACUGAUGGCCUCCGUGAACUCAAGCAGCAAGGAAUUCCUGCUCGCCGAGAGCACCGAGCCCAAGGACCUCCAGAACAGGCUCCACCAGCUGAGCCUGCACUGGGAGGCAGCGCAGGGGGCCGUGGACCACUGGAGAGAGGGCUUGCGGCAGUCGCUCAUGCAGUGCCAGGACUUCCGGGAGUUGAGUCAGAGCCUGCUCCUGUGGCUGGAAAGCACGGAGAACCGCAGGCAGGAGGCGUGCGUCACCGAUCCCGGGGCAGACCCCCAGGCCCUCCGGGAGUCGCAGGAAGCACUCACGCAACUCGAACAGGAGCUACGGGGACGUCAACCUCAAGUCAACAGCUUACAGGAGCUUUCGAGCAGCCUCCUCAGCACGGGCCACGGGGAAGACUACGUGGAGGCUGACGAGAAAGUACAUGUGAUCGGGAAGAAGUUCCAACAGUUACUUGAAAAGGUGUCUCAAGACUUAAUGUCCCUGCAGGGAAGCCAGAACCCAGAUCCAUCUCUGCCCAGCAUUGACCGGAUCGACUCCAGGGGCCAGCACCCAGCGGCCAACAGCGGCUCAGCUACUCAAGCCAAGCCUGGGGCUGAGAGCACUGCAGAAGGCAAGGCGCAGGAGGACAACAGGGUGCCGGGCGCUGGCAGCUCACGGCCACAACGCUCCUUCCUCUCCCGGGUGAUCAGGGUGGCACUGCCCCUACAGCUGCUGCUGCUGCUGCUGCUGCUCCUGGCCUGCCUGCUGCCCACCUCCGAAGAGGACUACAGCUGCGCUCAGGCCAACAACUUCGCACGGUCCUUCUACCCCAUGCUGAGGUAUACCAAUGGGCCGCCCCCCACCUAGAGGGUGAGGCCUGGCCUGCAGCACCGCACACAGCCUAUUUACCAAGCACCCUGCCCAUGGGCCCCCAGCCCCACCCGUGGGCGACUCGUUCCAGGAAUUGCUCCUGCUGCAGACCCUUCCCCCAGCAGGGGCCCCUUGCAGUCUCCCCCUGGGGAUUUGCAAAGCUAGCUUGUGGGUGGGUUUCAGGGGCUCUAGAGCUGGCAGGUUCCCGAGCAGCUACUACGCACUUUGUGAAUUCUAAUUCCUUUAUAAGGCACCGUCACAACCAUGUCGCUGCAGCAUUCACCACGUAAUACAUAGUGUAACAUCAAGCCGGCAGGUUCUGCCUUAGAAACAGUUCCGAAAUCCACACAUGCGCCCCUUUGUCGAUGGACUGAAACAAUCGUUCUGAGACCGUUUAGGAGCGAGCCUUCCUGAACUCCAGGUGACAGAACCCCAAAUACUCUGCUGGACUUCGGUCUACUCUUUUAUAUCACUCAAAUUUUUCCAAGAAAUUAUAUUGCAUGCAUGUGAUCAUUGUGCAUAUUUUUUUAAUAAUGCUCAAGCUGUAUGAAUAAUGUAAACUUUGAUUUUUUUAAGAAAAAAAGAAAUCCGAUUUUAGCUGUGAUUUUGGAUCACAUGUACAGUGCAAUGCCACACGGCAGGCUUGCGAGGGAUGUUUUUGUAAGUUAAAUUUUGUAAGCCUUUUCACACUCAAGAUGAUGCUUCAAGUUUUGUUGAACUGUGUGGUCACCGGGGAUUGGUAUAGAAACUUGAAGUUACUUGUGUCAUGUACAACUCAGAUGUUUCCAAUUAAAAAAAAAAGCUAAACUCCAAA